AUGGAAUUUCUGUGGUCCAAAGUCGUUGGAGACUCCAUUUCGCUUGCUGACAUACAUGAAUCGCUAAAUCAUGGAUUAACACGGCUACUUGCUUUACAGAGGGACAAAGACAAUGAAGUUUUGAGUCAUAUUAUACAGAAAAAUCCAUUCGAGGCUUACAAGCUUUCAAACAAGUGCGUAUCAAAUAUUGAGAAACAGGCGGCUUCUUUGAACAAAGAAUAUGUUGAAGAAGGGACAAAGAGACGGCGUAUUUUUGGAGGGAGAGAUCUUGGAAAGUAUAUCAACAGGGCAUUAAAAGAUGUGAUCAAGCUUCUUGAAGAAUGUCCGGAGAAGAUUCUAGUUGAUAAGCUGCCAGAGCAGGUCAUAAAGGAGACUGGUGUUCUAUCAAUUGCAGAGUAUCCGACUCUCCUGGAAGCCUUCCAACAAAUUCUGACUCUGCUACAAGAUGAAAAUAAAGGAGUAAAAUGCGUGGCACUUCAUGGACAAAAAGGAGUGGGGAAAACUACAAUAAUGCAAAACUUAAACAACCACUUUGUUGAUAACAAUGCAAGUUGUUUGAUAUGUUGCUGGAAGAAUACGGGAAGUGCUGGAACAGAAAAGAUAGUUACUGAUUUUAGAUGGCCUAAGGCACACACGCCGAAUGGGAUUUGGGAAAAGUUAGAUAUUUCACAACACAAAAAGCAGAGUAAGGUGGUAAUAACCACUCAUUAUCCUCUUGCUUUCAACUCGACAUGUGUUAAUAGGAAAGUCCCGCCGGAAAGAUUAUCCCCUAAUGAACCAUGGAAGAUGUUUCGAUGCAUUAUUGGUGAGAAUCUUUUACCACCCAUACCAAUUGCUCGACAGAUAUGUGAGAGAUUCUGCUAUCGUCUUCCCCUCCUUAUAGGUCUUAUAGCAAAGUCUUUUACCUAUCAAGAGUCUCCUCCUGAUUGGGAGGGGCUUUUGAAUGAAUGCACGCCUUGGCCUCAACUUAAUGGUUUCGAAGAUUUAUACUCGGUCUUGGAAAGUGGUUAUAAACUGUUGGGUGAUCAACGUAAACAAAAAUGCUUCCUUUAUGCUUGUCUGUAUCCUGCAAAUAGCAAGAUAUACACAAAUUACUUUGUGGAGUGUUGUAUUGCUCAGGGCUUUCUUGGUGAUGUUGGUGCAGCUACUAAGUACAGCGCUAUGCGUAGUCGCGGUAUUAAUGUAGUAUUGAGGCACCUUGUUAAUGUCUCGUUCCUGGAAGGGGAGCAACAAAUGAGGUAUGUUAAAAUGAACGAUUUUUAUGGGCAAUUUGCCUUAGAUAUAUCAUUCAAAUAUUCGGAUUUAGAAUGUAGCACUUAUCAUGUUGAUAAUGAAGGGCAUGAGAAGUGCUCCUUCAGACCAGAGUCACGGCAGGGUGCUAGAUGGAUUUCUAAGGUUGGCAGUUAA